AUGGCGAGUAGGCCGAGUUCGGCCACACACCAUGCCCCGGGAAUGCCCCCACCAAGGAGUGGUGCCCCUGGACCGCCGACUGAUCCUACCCCGGGACCGCCGGCUGGCUAUGCCCCUCGACCUCCAGUUGGUCCUGCCCCCGCCCCUGUGAAGUGGCGUGCACAGCAGGCCUACGAGCACAUCGACAACAACGAGUCGGAGUCGGAGCUGUCCAUAACAGACAGCGACAAUGAGCCCGAUGAAGCCGAGGUCUAG